GCCGGGAGGGAGCAACGAGGAGCUGGAGCCGGGAGCCGGUGCCACCCGCCGGAGCCCACAGAGAGCCCAGUAACAGCCCCCAGUGCGGGGGGCACCAUGGGGGGGCUGCCCCCGAUCCUGCCCCUGCUCCUGCUGCUGCCAACGGGCACCGUGAGCCUGGAGCAGCUCGACCUGAGCAGGUGCCGCUUUGCCCUUGGGAUGCAGGAUGGAUCCAUCCCUGACAGUCACCUCUCAGCCUCCAGCGCCUGGUCUGACUCCACCGCUGCCCGCCAUGGCCGGCUGGGCCGCAGCGAUGGGGACGGCGCUUGGUGCCCAGCGGGGCCGGUGUUCCCGCAGGAGCAGGAGUUCCUGGAGGUGGACCUGGCGCGGCUGCACGUGGUGACGCUGGUGGGGACACAGGGCCGGCACGCGGGUGGCCACGGCCGCGAGUUCACCGGCUCCUACCGGCUGCGCUACAGCCGCGACCGGCGCCGGUGGCUGCGCUGGAGGGACCGGUGGGGACAGGAGGUGAUCGGGGGCAACGAGGACCCCGAGGGAGUGGUGCUGAAGGACUUGGCCCCACCACCAGUGGCCAGAGCCCUUCGCAUCUACCCCCGGGCCCCACGGGCCAUGAGCGUCUGCCUGCGCCUGGAGCUCUAUGGGUGCCCAUGGGAUGCUGGGCUCUUGUCCUACACAGCACCACAGGGACAAGUGAUGCUCCUUGACCCGGCACCCGUUGUCCUCAAUGACUCCACCUACGAUGGAUACAGCGUUGGCCCGCUGCAGUUUGGUGGCCUGGGCCAGUUGGCCGAUGGGGUUCUGGGCCUGGAUGACUUCACCCGGACCCGGGAGCGGCGCCUUUGGCCAGGAUAUGACUACGUUGGAUGGCGCCGACCUCCUGGUCCUCAACCUCACGUGGAGCUGGAGUUUGAGUUCGAGGCGCUCCGGAGCUUCCGAGCCAUGCAGGUUCACUGCAACAACAUGCACACACGUGGGGUGAGCAUCUUCAAGGAGGUGGAGUGUCUCUUCAAGAGGACCUUGGCCACGGCCUGGGAGCCCACCCCGGCCACCCACAGCCUGGCUGGGACCAUGAAGGACCCCAGUGCCCGCUCCAUCAUGGUGCCUCUUGGUGGGCGCCAGGCCCGCUUCAUCCAGUGCCACUUCUUCUUCAGCGGGGAGUGGAUGCUCUUCAGUGAGGUCACAUUCUUCUCAGAUAUGGUGGAGGAGAUUGUGGGGUCCAGUGGCUGGCCUCCAGCCAGCCCCCCUGACCCCUCAGUGGGGGUCAUGGCCAUCCAUGAGGACCAAUGGCAUGGGGACAUGGCCACCAACAUCACAACACCAGCCCCAAUGGACCCCAAUAGAGGGCAACCAGUCGCCAAAGCUGACCACAGUCACACAUCCAUCCUGAUUGGCUGCUUGGUGGCCAUCAUCAUGCUCCUAUUGGGCGUCAUCUUCCUCAUCCUCUGGCGGCAGUACUGGAAGAAGAUCCUGGGGAAGGUGAUUGAAGCCCCGCCCCGUUGUUGAGACCACUCCCCUUUAGUGUUAGCCCUGCCCCGCCCGCCUGAGGCCACGCCCCUCAUCGAGGCCCCGCCCCCUCAGGUCCUCCUGUGCGAGGUCGAGGACCCGCAGGCGCUGCCGCCGGGGUCACGACCCCCGGACCUGCCGCGCGGGCGCCCUCUGCUGGUGGCCGUCAAGGUGCUGCGCCCGGACGCGACCAAGAACGCCCGGCGGGACUUCCUGCAGGAGGCGCGCACCAUGGGGCGCCUGCGGGACCCCAACAUCGUGCGGCUGCUGGGGGUGUGCGCGGGGCCCGGCCCCCUCUGCAUCAUCACCGAGUACAUGGAGCACGGCGACCUGCACCAGUUCCUGGGCGGGCCCACGGGGCAUGCCCUCAGGUGCGACACGGCCCCUUUAAGCCUUUAGGACACCCCCGCCCCUGACGCCCCGCCCCUGGCCCCGCCCAGCCUGGCCACGCUGCUGCACGUGGGGGCGCAGAUCGCCUCCGGGAUGCGCUUCCUGUCGGGAUUGAACGUCGUGCACCGGGAUCUGGCGACGCGGAACUGCCUCGUGGGGCCCGGCGUCACCGUCAAGGUGGCGGACUUCGGCAUGAGCCGGCCCCUCUACACCGCGCACUACUACCGCGUGCGGGGCAGGGCCCUGCUGCCCAUCCGCUGGAUGGCAUGGGAGUGCAUCCUCAUGGGCACGUUCACACCCGCCAGUGACGCGUGGGCCUUCGGGGUGACGCUGUGGGAGGUGCUGACGCGGUGCCGGGAGCAGCCCUACGGGCGCCUGAGCGACGAGCAGGUCAUUGCCAACGCCGGGCACCACUUCCGGGCACAGGGCAGGCAGGAGUACCUGCCGUGCCCCCCGGGCUGUCCCCCCGCUCUCCAUGGGGUGAUGUUGCGCUGCUGGGCCCGGGACGCCGCCGACCGGCCGAGCUUCGGCCUCCUGCACCGCCUCCUGCGGGACCGCUCCGGGCUGGCAUGAGCAGCAGCAUCAUCAUCAUCACCUUCAUCAUCACCAUCAUCAUCAUCAUCAUCCUCAUCCUCCUGCACCGCCUCCUGCGGGACCGCUCUGGGCUGGCAUGAGCAGCAGCAUCAUCAUCAUCACCUUCAUCAUCAUCAUAUCAUCAUCAUAUCAUCAUCAUCCUCCUGCACCGCCUCCUGCGGGACCACUCUGGGCUGGCAUGAGCAGCAUCAUCAUCACCUUCAUCAUCAUCAUCAUCCUCAGCCUCCUGCACCGCCUCCUGCGGGACCACUCCGGGCUGGCAUGAGCAGCAUCAUCAUCAUCAUCAUCACCUUCAUCAUCAUCAUCAUCCUCAUCCUCCUGCACCGCCUCCUGCGGGACCACUCCGGGCUGGCAUGAGCAGCAUCAUCAUCAUCAUCACCUUCAUCAUCAUCAUAUCAUCAUCAUCCUCCUGCACCGCCUCCUGCGGGACCACUCUGGGCUGGCUUGAGCAUCAUCAUCAUCAUCAUCAUCAUCAUAUCAUCAUCAUCUUCAUCCUCAUCCUCCUGCACCCCCUGCUGCAGGACCGCUCCAACCUCACUUGAGCAUCACCAUCAUCACCAUCAGGAUCACCUUCAGCAUCAUCCUCAUCUUCAUCCCCACCUUCAUCCCCACCGCACCGGCCUUGCUUGAGCUUCAUCACCUCCAGCAUCAUCAUCAUCCUCACCUUCAUCUUCAUCCUCCCCUUCAUCCUCAUCACCACCACACCAGCCUCACUUGAGCAUCAUCAUCUUCAGUAUCAUCAUCGUCCUCACCUUCAUCAUCCUCAUGGGCAUCAUCCUUCAU